GUGGCUGCGCUAGACACUCUGCUCCCCGUUAUUCCCUGGUUCAGUAGGGCCGGCAAGGUGCGAGGUGCUAUACAAAGCCAUAAUCAGUCAUGCGACACAUGUAAAACCUCAGUGUUUUUGGCUUAUCUACAGGGGAAGGAGGAAACCAGAAAGUUUGGUGAUUUAGGGUCUGUAGCUUCUUCCCAGUUCCUUCUUCACAUCACGGAAUGGGACUCUUCUUGGAUUCAUUUUGGGGGGCUCACAAACCCAGUGGGGGUGUGAGUAACUACAUAGACACGACGUACUUGGAGGGAAGCCUCUUUUGCAAUUGAGCAAGAUGGACAACAGAGGGCGACACACGCCUGCAGAUAAGUUGACUCCAAGCCAAAGGAAGCCAGAGCUGCAGCUUCAGCUCCUGUUGUGUUUGGACCCUGUGUUCGGAGGGAGGUUCCUCUGUCCUGGAGGAAGCUCACCAGUGGGCCGUCAGUAAAUACAAAUAUUCCCUUCUGCCGCCUAUUUUGCCAAGGAUCUCAAAGCACUUUCCCAAGGUGUCAGAGUGUGACAUCCAGGUCCUGGCCUCUGGAUCCUGCAGGCUAGGCGUUGCAGACUGCCCUCCAGUUCUCGGGCUGGGUUAUUGUCUGAGAUGCUGUCACAGUGUGGGGAGGAACCCAGGCAAAGCCAACGCGUGGCUGCUACAGCUCUGGUCAAAUGGGCUGCUGAGCCUGGUCCAGGAUCUACAAUGAAGCAGACAAGGAGGCAGGGCUCUGGAUGCCGAUGGAAAUCUCUGAGCCAGUCCCCGGAGCAGCACCGGAAGGUGAUCACGCUGGAGAAGGAGGCAGAAGAGACAUUUGGGUUUGAGAUCCAGACCUAUGGACUCCACCACCAAGACAAGAAGAGGGUGGAAAUGUUCACCUUUGUCUGCCGUGUCCACGAGGGGAGCCCAGCCCAGCUAGCGGGGCUCACACCCGGAGACACCAUCACCGCAGUAAACGGGCUGAACGUGGAGGGCAUCCGACACCGCGAGAUCGUGGAAAUCAUCAAGGCCUCCGGGAACGUGCUCAGGCUGGAGACGCUGUAUGGGUCGUCCAUCCGGAGAGCAGAGCUGGAGGCGCGGCUGCAGUACCUAAAGCAAACCCUGUAUGAGAAGUGGGGGGAGUACCGCUCGCUGAUGGUGCAGGAGCAGAGGCUGGUGCGUGGGAUCGUGGUGAAAGACCCCAGUGUCUACGACACGCUGGAAUCCGUCCGCUCCUGCCUGUACAGCGCUGGGCUCGCGAGCGGCUCCCUCUCCUUGGGGAAGAUGCUGUCGGGCGCGGGCAGUACCUCCAGCUGCGUCAGCACCGCCACCGAGGAGAGCGAGGACUCUGUCUACCAGACCUGCUUCUUUGACUCGGCCGAUUCCCUGGACGGGCACUCGGGGCGGGGCGGGGGCAGCGCCCCCCCAGCCCUCUCCCAGCGCCGGCCCACCCUGACCCGCAGCGCCAGCGUCAAAUGCACCAGCAGCAGCAACGGGGCCGUGGGGCACUUCUGGGACAGGCCGGGUGACCCAAAGAACUGCACAGUCACGCCCCACAAGAGCAAACACACCAGCUUCCGGAAAAGGCUCCUCAAGUUCAUCCCGGGACUCAACCGCUCCCUGGAAGAGGAGGAGAGCCACCUGUAGGGGGCGCUGGCUGCAGGGGUGGGGCACAGGGACACGGGGGCCAUGGAGCAGCCAAGUUUGACGCAGUUUGGUUUGUUUAUUUAUUUAUUUAUUAUCCCGGUUGGUGCCGGGGCCCUGGCAGAGCGUGGGGCCAGGGCCUCUGCUGUGAAGGGCAGAGGGGACUUUUGCUCCCCCCACAGAAGAAGAAACAUGCAAGGGAAUGGGGGGGGAGGGAGCUGGAUCUAGCCCCAGCGGCAGCCUGGGUGCCUGCUCGUGGGAGCUGCUGGAGGAGGGAACUGGGCCUGUCUGCAGGUUAGGGGGGAUUUUUCAGGUGUCCUGGGGGGAUGGGCCAUGGGGGGCCCUUCGCUUCCAGACCUCAUGUGACCAAACCCCUCCAAUAGCUCUGGGGGCGGAUGAGCUGAUGGGUCGGAGCCUGUCUGGGGCAGCAUCAAACGGGCUCUGCCCUCAGGCCAGUACCAUCGGCAGGGAGGCCACAGGAGGAGAGAGCAACUCCUCCUUCCUCGAGGGCGAGGCUGGCUGUGGCCCUGCCCGUGUCUCCUGCGGGCCAGGCUGCCGUGGAAGCACAGGACUGUCCCGGGAAGAGAGGGAUCCUGGCGCUACCCCAGAGUGCUCUGAAUGGAGCUGUAGCCAGCACGAUCUCCGAGCGGGCACCCUCUUCCCCGAUGCAGCGGGGAGCAUCCUGGUCCAGAGAGGUGUGGGGUCCCCCCUGCUUUCCCCUGGAAGGCGUCCAGCAGCCAGUGGCUCAGCUCUGUUCCAGCCACAUCCUCCUCCUGUCUCCGCAGCGCUGGGGCUCUGCAUGACUUCCUGCAAAGUCUGCGCUUCUGUCUCAGCCCUAUUUAUGGCACCGGCUCUCAGCGCACAGGUGACUGAACCUUGGGGGCGUCUGUCUCUCCCCCACACCACUCUGCCCGGUGACGCGUUGGGCUGGAGCGAGAAGAUCCCUUUGUAACCGCCUGACGCCAGCAGAACUGCUCGUCCCUCGGGCUGCUGAGCACCCUGCAGGGUCACACCCAUGGGGUGGCUGACACAGGCGAGCUAGCAUCUUACCGGGGCGUCUCCGCUGUCUGGAAGGAGGAGUCGGCACUCAGGGCCAGCCCUGGCCUGAGAGCAGGAUGGGGCUGUGGGUGACCUGCAGCCCUUCAGGAAAAGGCUUCACUGGCUGGGGGAGGGGAGAGAAACUGGUUCCAUGGAGCAGAGGGGAACUUCUCAGCCAAGCUGGUUCUUAUCUCAGGAAAUAGCCACAGGAAGAGGGUGGCUCAGCACGGGAGGGCUCCCUGCUGGAUAAAAUGGAGCCCCCACCCCCCAAGCAGCACUAGAUAGCAGAGGGGGGGUGGGGCUGUGGCUGGGACACGGGUGUGGUUGGCUGUGGUGUGGGGGGGGGAGGUUUUGUACAGACACAGACAUUGCUGUUAAAAUGCUUGCCACAGAUUCUGAUCAAUACAAUGAGACUGUUUUGCAUCCGCGUGGGGCUGUUGUAAUUUCACCUUGGCUCGCUUGCUUCCCGAGAUGGGGGAGUGUCCCUGAGGGGGGUGGGGGUCACAGGAGCGGGAGCGAAAGGACUCGCCCCCAGGGUCAGUGGCAGAGCUGG